AUGGUGCGCCUACGGGAAAUUGAGCGGACCGCUGUGUUUGCCUGGUCGCCAGGCGCUGGAGCACCUCUCAUUGUCACGGGAACACGAGCCGGCGCCGUGGACGACGAUUUCUCUAGCGAAGUCAAGCUCGAGCUAUGGGAACUGAGCCUGGAGAAGCUGGGCGGCGACCGAGAACUGUCGCCAGCUGGCAGCAUCACCACCGACUCCGCCUUCAACGAUAUCGCCUGGAGCCAGCCAGAUGACGAGCAUCCGCUGGGUGUGAUUGCAGGAGCAUUGGAAAAUGGCUCAGUCGAUGUCUGGGACGCUCAAAAGCUGCGCAGUGCAUCCUCGGACGCAUUCAUCUCAAGAACUUCCAAACACAGCGGCAGUGUCAAGGCGCUGCAAUGGAAUCCACACAGACACAAUCUGCUGGCCUCGGUCGGCGCCAAGGGCGAGAUUUACAUUUACGACCUGAGCAACAUGGCCAAUCCGUAUCGAUUGGGAGCUAGUACAGCACGAGCCGAUGACAUCGAGUGCCUGGAUUGGAAUAAGCAAGAGAAGACAGCACAUAUCUUGGCGACCGGCAGUAGUGGAGGCUUUGUGACCGUUUGGGACGUCAAGCAGAAGAAAGAAAUCAUGACGUUGAACAACCAGGGUCGCAAAGCAGUCAGUGCAGUUGCUUGGGACCCGACCGAGAGCACAAAGCUAGCAACUGCUACGCCUAAUGACCAAGAGCCCUUGAUCUUCCUCUGGAGCUUGCGAAACAGCAGUGCGCCGGAGCGGACGCUGAAGGGCCACGAACUGGGCGUUCUUGGUUUGGCCUGGUGCUUGCAGGACUCCGAUCUGCUUCUGUCUUGCGGCAAAGACAACCGCACCAUCUGCUGGAAUCCGAGGACCGGCGAACGAUACGGUGACUUUGCUACCGGAUCCAAUUGGGUAUUCCAAACUAAGUGGAACCCACAUAACCCCAAUCUCAUCGCGAGUGCCUCCUUCGACGGCAAAAUCCUUGUAACGUCGAUACAGAGCACAAAUGGCAAAGCUGAAGAGCAAGGUGCUGCCACACAAGGCUUGGAUGGUGAGGACUUCUUCGCAAAGGCGCAGACGCAGCCUCAAGGAGUCUCAUUCAACCUGCCGAAAGCUCCUAGGUGGGCAGGUCGGCCAUCGAGUGUCUCCUUUGGGUUUGGUGGCAGACUGAUCAGAGUGAGCAAGAACAAGGUGUCGAUUGAAACAUUCGAGGUCGACAGCUCAAUCGGAGAGGCUACAACUAAGUUUGAAGAGAAGCUUCGAUCUGGCGAUCUGGCCAGCAUUUGUAGCGCAAAGAUUGAGGCUGCUGAGACAGAAGAAGAAAAGGCGGACUGGCAGGUGAUCAACACUCUCAAUACCGGCAAAUCCAGAAAACAGCUGCGGCAGUAUCUCGGCUUCGAUGAAACGGAUAGUGAGCUUGCAAAUGCGACCGAGAAGCUGACCGUGAAUGGUGAUGCCAAAGAGAAUGGCUCCAAGGAUGAUGAUUUUUUCAAUAGCGAUGGUGACAGCUUCCUCGCAGACUUGGCAGGAUCAAAGGGCGCCAAGAUCAACAACCCUUUCAAGAUCUACACUGGCUCAGAGUCGGAGGCCGAUAAGCGCAUCACUCGUGCGCUGAUGCUCGGUCAGUUCGAAGCAGCACUGGAUGUAUGUCUGGAAGCAGACCGUAUGUCGGACGCCUUCAUGAUUGCUAUCUGUGGCGGUCAAUCCUGCAUCGACAAGGCUCAAUCCGCAUACCUGAGAAAGCAAGCCAAGGGACCCAAUUAUCUUCGUUUGCUGGCAAGCAUCGUCGGCAAGAACCUCUGGGACGUGGUGCACAACGCUGACAUCGACAAUUGGAAGGAAGUCAUGGCAACACUGUGCACGUACGCUGAUGAGAAAGAGUUCCCCGAUUUGUGUGAAGUACUGGGUGACCGCCUUGAGGAAGCCUACCAGACCGGUGACAGUCCGAAGAGUCUGCGAAAGGACGCCUCUUUUUGCUACCUUGUGGGCGCGAAACUGGAGAAGGUCGUCAAUAAUUGGGUGGAAGAGCUACAGGAGCAAGAAAAGGAGACACUUGAGAAGUCUGAGAGUGACAACGUCUUCUCCGUGCACGCCAAGUGUCUGCAAGAUUUCAUCGAGAAGGUGUCAGUCUUCCGCAAAGUUGCAAACUUCAAUGACUCUGAGCUCCAGGCCACGGCAGACUGGAAGCUCGCACCAUUGUACACACUGUACACCGAACACGCCGAGAUCUUGUCCGCUCAUGGCCAGCUUGCGAGUGCUGAACGCUACCUCGAUUUGAUUCCGCCGAAAUUUUCGGGCGCAGAAACAGCACAACAGCGAGUCAAGCAAGCGACAAGAAAAGCCGCAGUACGACAACAACCUGCUGCCGUUACCCAACGCACAACUUCACGAGCUCAGCCUCCAAUACCCUCCUUCCAACAGCCAGCUGCACCAUUGCAGCCGCCACACCCCCUCGUCAACCAAGCUCGAAACGCGGCACCGACACAAUCGCCAUACGCUCCAACAGGCGCAAUAGGAACGCCAGCUGCUCAAAGUCCGUAUGCGCCGUCUACGCCAAUGGGCAACGCGUAUCAGCCUCCACAAGCGGCUACGCCAUAUGGUCAGCCAGCUUAUGGAGGCUAUCAGCCGCCGCAGCAGCAAGCACCACUCCCUCCCCCGCCUCGAGGUGCCACUUCUUCUCCCGCCAUUCCGCCGCCAUCGCAGGCGAAGAACAUUACUGAUUGGAACGAUCUGCCGACUGGAAUGGUCAAGGAACGCCCUGCAAACACACGCCGUGCCACACCGGCUCCUGGCCAGCCUGUGAGCUCACCGUUUGCAAAUGCUCAACCGAACCCUAUGUCACCUCCACAGAGUGCGUAUGGUCUUCAGAAGCCGACGCCACCACUUCCACCUCCGCCCAAAGCUGGCGAGGCUCCUCCCCGCGUGGCCUCACCUUGGACUUCACUUCCACAAGGCAUACAGCGACCUCCAUCCUCUCUUGCCAGCGCUUACGCACCUCCCGUACAAUCACAACCUGUUGGCUCGACUCUUCCAAGCCCUGCUCCUCCGCCUGUAGCUCGCGGUGCUUCGCCAUACCAGCCACCGCCCUCAACAUCCACAGCAGCUCCUUCGAGUCGGUAUGCGCCUGCGCCCGGCAGCCAUCCCACUCCAGCACCUCAAGCAAGCGCUCCUGCACAAACAGGCCCUCCGCCUCGUACAGGCCCAAGCGCGCCUCCGCGAGGGCCUCCGCGCGCAUCAAAUACGCCUAUUGGUGGUGGAGCUGCUCCUCCCGUGCAGCAACUUCCAACGCCGCAGACUGAGUCGCCACCCAGCACAGCGCCAGCACAGCAACAAAGUGCUCCAGCCCAGGCCAAGUACCCGCGAGGAGACAGAUCACACAUUCCUGGCAAUGCUCAGCCGAUUGUUGACCUGCUUGCGCCUGAAGUUGCCAGAAUUAGAUCCGUUGCGCCUCAGAGCUUCAAGCCACAGGUUGAUGACAUGGCGAAGCGCAUCGACAUUCUCUUUGACCAUCUUAACAACCAGGAUCUGUUGCAAGCUGACACUGUGCAGCAAAUGGUGCAAAUCUCACAACACGUGCAGCGCAAGGAAUGGGAUCAGGCACAGUCACUGUUUACAGAGAUUCAACAGGCGAAGCUCGAAAGCGAAGGAACGCAUUGGAUGGUGGGUGUGAAACGUCUCAUCGCGAUUGGCAGGGCUACAAAGGCUUAG